GACUAGAGUAGCAUACAUAACCUAUACGUUAAGACAUCUAUAUUAUUUAUUUGUACAAAGAAUUGCUUCAAAGAUUUCAAUUUUAUUAAGAUUAUUAUUAAGAAGAUAUAAAUAAAUAUUAUCAUGACUGCUGUUAUACCACCGAUUACGAGAUUGUCGUCAAAAAUAAUUAGGGUUUUAGGUUGUAAUCCAGGUGAAAUGACUUUGCAGGGAACAAAUACUUAUAUUGUGGGAACUGGAUCAAAGCGCAUUUUAAUUGAUACUGGAGACGCAGGCGUAGAAAAGUACAUACAGAAUCUUCAUUCUGUUAUGACGGAAAACAAAUUUGCAUUCUCCGAUAUUAUACUUACUCAUUGGCAUCAUGAUCAUAUAGGAGGUGUGGAGAGUAUUUUAAAGCUUAAUGAAAACAAAGGUUGUCGAGUGUGGAAACAUCCUAGAAGUGAGGUUGAAGAGGAUAGUACAUUCUAUGCAAAUUUGUCUGUUAGUUUUUUGAAAAAUAAACAAGAUAUAUGUGUUGAAGGUGCAACAUUACAGGUUCACCAUACACCAGGCCACACUACUGAUCAUGUAGUGUUAUUAUUAAAUGAAGAAAUUACUGAGAAUUCAAAAAGCAAUGGUCAAUGUACUCAUCAAUCUAACAUAGAGGAUAAAAAGCAUGAUCUUGUAUUAUUUAGUGGAGACUGUGUACUUGGUGAGGGCACAGCUGUAUUUGAAGAUUUAUAUGACUAUAUGAGAUCUUUGCAUCACAUAUUAAAUCUGAAGCCAACCAUUAUUUAUCCAGGGCAUGGAAACGUAGUACGAGACCCUGUAGAAAGAAUUGAGUACUAUAUUCAGCAUAGAAAUGAGCGUGAAAGACAAAUUUUAGAAUAUUUUGAAAGCAAUCCAGAUAAACUUUUAAACACAUUAGACAUUGUAAGAAAUGUUUAUGUUGGUCUAUCUGAAAAUUUAUGGCCUGCUGCAUCAGUAAAUGUUUCACAGCAUUUAAACAAGCUCAGGCGAGAGAAUAGAGUAUCAGAAAAAAUAAUUCAUGGUGAACACUUAUGGACUUAUAGAAAGGAGUCUAUGCUGUGA